AUGCUCAUGGAAGCAAUUCGAUUCAACGAGAAGAUACAACUUCGCCGAGACCAGGGCCUGAGCGACCGCUUUUGGACAAACAAGACAUAUGCUGAGAUAGGAGGAAUGAGUACGGAGGAGUUAGCCACGUUAGAGCUUGAAUUGUUGUUUCGACUUCGGUGGCAAAUUAUCCCGCAGCCGGAAGUGCUGAAUGAGUACUACCUGUGUCUGGUGGAACGAUGUGAAGGCUUCAAGAUCGAAGAUCCACAUUUCAAUUCCAUCGCUACUGCGGCGAAAACGAACAAUCAGUCGGUAUGA